UACUUUUUAAAUUGCCCCAAAGUUGUAGGAUUUUUUUGGAGCGCAUUUCGCCCUGGAGCGGUAUGCGAUGCUUUCUCACGCCGACCUCCUGGAUGCUCGGCUCGGGAUGAAGGAUGCUGCAGAGUUACUCGGACACCGAGAGGCUCUUAAGUGCCGGCUGGGUGGUGGGGUGCCAGAUCAGGGGCAUCCGGGAGACAUGGCCCCUGGUUCAGACUCUGUAGAAGGAACCACUCUCCUGCCGGGAGAAGACAUCGCUACUGUGGGAUCCAACUCCGCCGGCAUGCCGGUGAACGGGAAGGAGCAGGAGAAGCAGCAGCAGCAACCGCAGCAGAGCUCCGGCCAGACCGCCAGCCAGCAGAAACAGAAGCGGCACAGGACGCGCUUCACCCCGGCGCAGCUCAACGAGCUGGAGCGCAGUUUCGCCAAAACCCACUACCCUGACAUCUUCAUGAGGGAGGAGCUGGCGCUGCGGAUCGGCCUCACCGAGUCCAGAGUUCAGGUUUGGUUCCAGAACAGACGCGCUAAGUGGAAGAAAAGGAAGAAGACCACUAAUGUUUUCCGCGCCCCGGGGACGCUGCUCCCCACGCCGGGCCUGCCACAGUUUUCUGCCGCGGCCGCCAUGGAGAACAGCCUGUGCUCCUUCCACGCCAACGACUCUCGCUGGGCCACGGGGAUGCCGGGGGUGUCUCAGCUGCAGCUCCCGCCGGCUCUUGGUCGUCAGCCGGGCAUGCCACAGUCCCUGUCACAGUGCAGUCUCGGUCCAGGUCCGCCACCAAACUCCAUGGGUCUGUCUAACGGCCUCUCGUCCAACGGCUCCGGUCUGCAGUCCCACCUCUACCAGUCGCCUUUCCCCGGAAUGUCGGCCUCUCUCUCCGGCCCCACGAACGUAUCGGGCUCCCCGCAGCUGUGUAGUUCCCCGGACAGUGACAUGUGGAGAGGGACAAGCAUCGCGUCACUGCGGCGCAAAGCGCUGGAGCACACAGUGUCCAUGAGUUUUACUUAGUGACUUUUGAAAAAAAACAAAACAAAACGAAAAAACAAAAAACACCCCAUGACACCCCAGUCCUUCAAAUCCCUUCUCCCAGCCUCAAAUUGCGGCUCUUUUAUUUUUUUCUUCCUGUUUUCAUUCCCUCUAUUUAGAUUGAAACGAGAGAACGAGCGAGCUAAUCCGGCUUGAAAUGUGAGAACAUGGAGACUGUAACUUCAUCUAGACAUAAUGACUAAAAGAAAAGGACUACACUGAUGGACAAACGGAAGAAAAAUAACAUGGGUUUGGGGUUAUUUAUCUUAUUAAUUCAAAGGGAUUUUAUCAGCUGUUGAUGAUAAAUACUAUUGUAAUGAUCUCUAGACUACAGGCCCUGAUUACUGGGAGCCAAACAAUCGUCGUAUUUACGUUUUCACUGAGUGUGUCUUAACGCACACAUGUUAUUGUGUUCAGGUGAAGUUGUGUUAUGUCAAACGGUUAUUUAUAAGAUUGGGUAUAAAUUUGGGUAAGAAGCUACCGCACACGCAGCGCACUGUACGUGGGCCCGCAGAACUGCGUCUCAGGCAUGCACUGUGCAUGUGGAUUUAAAACGCUUGGAUAACUUAAGGAGAAAAAGGUGCCCACUCAGAUUGAAGGGGUUCUUUUUGUUAGGCGACCCAAGUCUCGUCUGCAUGAGACAGGAGCUUAAAAUCUAAAGAGGUAAAAAAAAUAAAAAAUAAAAAAAUGAUACUAUGAUCUUUCAGUAGGCCUACUCUGUUUUAGGAUGUUUUGUGUAGAUGAAACAUUCUUGCUAUGUACCCGCUGGUCUUUUUUGUGACAUGUUUUAACUUAUUGUCUGUGCUAUUACUUGACACAUUUCUUAAAUGUUUGAUCUUACAUCGAAAUGCAC